AUGUUCGCUUCUCUAGCGAAUUUUCCCAAGCAGCUUUUCCUUGCCGCUCAGUGCGAGUUGGAUUGCCGUUGGCUACGUGCAACGCCGCCUGGUGUUUCCCGAUAUUUUAUAAUUUUUUUAAUUGCCGCGUCUCGCGUCGCGUUCGUGUUCCUUUGUUUUCUUGUGUGUUCAAAACUCUAUGAAUGUACAGGAGUAAUGUAAAAAGUCCAGAGCUAUAAGGAAAAUUAUUUGAGUCUUAAAGAAUUUAAUGUGAAAUCCAGUGCAAUACAAACAUUAAAAAGAAUUCGUUAAAUUUGUUUAAAAUAUAAAAAUUCAAAGAAAAGGUUCCAAAUUAUUAUAAACAACCUAUAGGGGAUGUUACGCGAAUUGUUGAUAUAAAAUUACUAAUAAAUAGUUAGGAUUCCACAGGCACUUUCAACCGUAACCGUUGGCCUACAAUAAACAUUUUAGUUCAGUUCGACAAUAGGAACUAUCAAAACGGUUUCUCGGUAUUUUUAGCAAGAAUAUAAAGUUCGUGUGUGACGUAUAUACAGAUUUAUGUGGUAUAUAGUGCGUGAGUGUAUUUAUAUGAAUAUGUGGAUGGCACCUUGAGCCACACCAUUACCACAGCCAAAAUGUGUUCAUGCUGCGAGCGCAAAACAAGUGCGUAGGGAGUCAUGACCACGCCCACGCCCACGCCCACUGCGGGGGCGGUUCUGGGCCAGGAGGUUCCACUGCCCCAUGAACUGACCGCCGAGUGGACGGUACGAGCACAUCUCACUUUUGCCCGAGCUGGUGAGCCUGUGCAAAAGGAGUUUAGUGCUCCGGAGGCGGUGCAUCCAAUGCGUGUGGUCUACAAGUGGUGCACGCCCUGCGAUGAGCCGGAAACAGAGCAGGAUGUGGAGAAGACAGCAGCAACUGCGGGAACCAGCUUCCGUUCCACAAACUCCUCGGCCACCACCAAUGCGGACUCGGCCUUUGGCAGUCCACAUGCUUCUAGGGCUCUGAACAAACCCCCAGUGGCAACUACCACUGCUGCUCCUCCUGGAGCCACUGCCCAGGUGUGUGGCACUCGCUGUCGAAGCACCUGCAACAUUAUGGUGUCUGCAGUGGCUGAUUUCCUGCCCCAGGAGGCGGGAACCGGGACGGUCAAUGAGCCCUUUGUUUACCACAGCAAAGUGCGGGCCCAGCAGCUUCGGGACGCCUUCUCGCAAACAAGUGACACGGAGGAGCAGCCAGCAAAGAGGCGUCCAGCUUAUGAGCAGCGAAGGGCCACCACCGAAGCGCUGAUGAAUUUUGCCAGCAAGCGGCAGGCGGAGGAGGCUAACACUUAUGUGCCAACCUAUUCGCCCACGCCUACGACGCCCUCGUCGACAUUCAAAUCGGCUUCGAUGUCAAGGAUACCACCACUAGCUGGCAACUUGGGCCAAGGAGCUGCACCCAGAAUACCCAACUUGGGGGAAAAGAAGCCUCGCACUGUUCAUAUCGAUGUCUACUGCACAGGUUCAGAGGGAGACGAGGAAGAGGAGGCGGAUGAUGAGAGGCAAGCCGAUGAAGAGGUCUCUAGCUCCUCCGAUUCCGACCUGGCCGGUAGCAAGCGCUACGAACUGGACUCGAAUUCAACCCCGCAAACCGUGUUGGAUAAUGAGCAGAUGCUGCUGCGCCACCAAAGAAUCUCUGGAGGAGUCAUGCCCAGGCGACUGGCCAAUAAUCAAGCAAAAAACAAAGCGGAAAACAAUCGAGAAGAUCAUCUAAAUCUGGGGCAUGCCAUUACAAAAUGCAGCACAGCCGAGGAAGUGUGCGAGUCCAAGCAGCUGCUAUUCCGCAAACACAUUGGCGAUCAGCGGGCGGCCAAGUUGGCUAAUCUACGCCAGAAGUACAUGCGUCAGCCCAGCGACGAGACCAUCAGCAGCACUUACCCCAACUCCUCAAGAUCAACGAUGCCCAGGGAUGCCACCUGCAGCAGCAUAUCCAGUGUGAUGGGCGGAACGGAUUGCGUGGAUUCCUCGUGGAAGGAAACAGACGACCUAUCCUUUGGCUUGGCCAAAUCCGAUAGCUUUGAGUAUGAGAACUCGCUCGAUCGCCUGCGGAUAAGCCAGAUGGAGCGUCUUUGGUCCCGUCAGCAUUCUGUGGACCAGAGUCACAUGCCAGCGCCAUCGCCACAUCCCCUGCAAACAAUCACGGAGGUGCAGUCGCAGCGCAGCUCCUUUCAGCGCAGCGAUACCAUCCCAUCGGAAUCGGAUGGCUUCUCCGAUGCCAAUGGAUUCAAUACCUAUCCGGGGAGGCAGUCACAGUUGCAGCAGAUCUCGCAUUUCCCGCGUAAUCGCCCUGGUUUUCUUCAGUUCUUCGGGCCGACUGGCGGACCAGUCGGUGUUGGUCAACCCACUCCGCCUGCCACUGCACCGGUUCAACCCGCUGCGGCCGCCACUACGGAUCCGUUCCGCCUUCUCCAUCCGAGCUUCCGUUGGAAGAGCGAAGCACGCGAUAACCUGAGCGUGCAGGUGGCCUCGGGAUCGCCCUCCUCCGAGCGCAGUUCCCCCCAACUCUUGUCGGCGGCAACCACAGUGGUGCGAUGCGGCAGUGAGGCGCCACCCAGCACCACUUCGGCCAGUACUUUUGGGACCACAGUGACGCCUUCGCCACUGCCGGUGCGACGUUUUGAAAUUUCACGCGACAGUCCAAGCCUUGCCAGUGAGGCUUCCACUUCCGUUUCCGGCUACACCCACGAGCACUUGGAGAAGGCUCGCCGCUUUGGCAACGUGGUUGCUAUGAGGAAGCCUGGCCACCAUGUGGGUCCCACCAAGAAUCCGAAUUGCCAAUGCGAAAGCUGUCAACGUUGGCUGGCCGAGAGGUUUCAGCUUCGUGGUAGAGCCUUCUCCUUGGGCGAGAAGCCUUUGAUCAGGAGGCCGCAGUAAUGAUUUAUAGUUCUUUGUCUAAGGCUUGCAUUUAACACAUUGCUUUUGAGAUUGAUACGCUCCCAAUUAACCCUAACCCCAAAUCCGAACUCCAAAACCAACUUUCUUUCGAUUAGCUGUAAGCCAUGUAAGCGAAUGUUCCUCACGCAAAACACAAAUUGUGCGCUGAAUCAGUUUAAUGUUGUAAUAAAGUAAAACAAUAGAUUUAA